UUCCUUCACACGUUUUUUCAUCUAUUUAUAAUCUAAUUGUCUCUACUCACACUCUCAAUCACAAUUCACAAACCCAAGAAUAGCAGUGUUUUUAUUUCAUUUUGCGGCAUGAAGAAAGUUUGUUGGCCCUACUUUGAUCCUGAUUUUGAUAAUCUCCCAGAGAGAAUAUAUGGCCCAACGUGUAGAGUCACCAUUGACAAUGAAAGCUUGGAAGAAUCCACUGUCGUGAAGGUGGACAGUGUCAACAAGCAGGGCCUCCUCCUUGAACUGGUCCAAGUUUUGACUGACUUGAAUCUCACCAUUAAAAAGGGCUACAUUUCCUUAGAUGCAGGCUGGUUUAUGGAUGUGUUUCAUGUCCAAGAUCAGCAUGGCAAUAAACUCACAGACCAGAAACUCAUCAAUAAUAUCCAGCAGGCGAUAGGUACAACAAGCGAGACGACAACAGGCUCGGCAACGCCAAAGAGAUAUGCCAACAAAGCUGUUUACGACCAGCAACACCUUAGCGAGCACACAGCCAUUGAAAUGACUGGAACCGACCGGCCUGGUCUGUUUUCUGAGAUAUCAGCUGCCCUAGCUCAACUUCACUGUAACGUUGUGGAAGCGCAUGCAUGGAGCCACAAUGAUCGUUUAGCUUGUGUGGCUUACGUUUCUGAUCAGUCCACCGGCAGUCCGAUUGCCGACCCUAAUCGUUUGGCUCUCAUCGAGUUCCACCUCAGCAAUGUCCUACGCGCCACCACGGAGAAAAGCCCUAGUGAGACUCACAUCAAUCCCGUUCCGCAAGAGGUUAAGAGCCCUGGAGGAGAUGGAACGUUAAAGACUGAUGUGGAAAGAAGGUUGCAUCAAUUGAUGCUUUCUGUUAGAGAUUUUGAUGGCCCAGAUGAGCCCGUGAGUUUGUCUACCAUGAUUGGAUUGGGAUCCAACAGUGAUGAGGAAGGUGGACGGAAGACUGUUGUGUCAAUUGAGAGUUGUGACGAAAAGGGAUAUUCAAUAGUGAGUGUUGAGUGUAAAGAUAGGCCAAGACUCAUGUUUGACACUGUUUGUACACUCACUGAUAUGCAGUAUGUUGUGUUUCAUGCUUCUGUUGGUUCCCUCAGUGGCUACGCCUUUCAGGAAUACUUCAUACGACAUGUAGACGGGUAUGCCCUCAACACAGAAAGUGAAAAGGAAAGAGUGAUAAAAUGCUUAGAGGCUGCUAUUGAGCGUCGGGUUUGUGAGGGAGUAAGACUAGAGCUAAGAGCAGCGAAUAGGGUAGGAUUACUAUCUGAUAUAACUCGAGUUCUUAGAGAGAAUGGUCUAGCAGUUGUUAGAGCAGACGUAGCAACGCAGGGAGAGAAGUCAGUGCAUGCUUUCUAUUUGAGAGACAUCUCAGGCAAUGAAGUAGGCAUGGAUUUUGUUGAAUCAAUGAAGAAAGAGAUGGGUCCCAUUCAUCUUGAAGUCAAGAAUGAAACACCAAAAACCCCAUCAACACCAACAAGAUCAUCAACUCAUAUUCCAACUUCACCAGCAGCAGCUGAAAGAUCCCGUUUCUCUUUCGGAUACUUGCUUAAAUCUCAAAUCGAACGUUUCUCUCAAAACUUUGUUCCCAUCAAGUGAAUUCUACUAGCUCUUUGUUUCUGCAAAUUCAUGUAAAUACUAUUUCAUAGUAAAUAAAUGAAUAAUAAUACUUCACUUUUUUAUUUC